AUGAAUUAUAUAGAUAAUAGAGCUGAUACAAGUUUUCAAAGAAGUGGUCAAGCACCGAUUGAUUUAAUUGACGAAAUUGUACAACCUAAGAGAUUUCCACCGUUAAUCUUAAAUGGCCAUUGGUUAAAAGAUGGGAAUGCAACCUUAUUUAAUGACGGCUCAACAGUGAAGAUUUUUUUGAAUGGUGAUAGGAUUCCAUCAACAGUGUGUGGUGGCCCUCUCGUAAAUGAUGAAUACGAGUUUCAUAAUGCACACUUUCACUGGGGCGAAGACGAUUGUAAGGGCGCUGAGCACACAAUCAAUGGUACUUGGUUUUCCAUGGAAAGCCACAUAGUGCAUUGGAACCGAAAAUAUCGCACUUUUGAAGAAUGUUUAAAACACCGAGAUGGUCUUUGCGUGUUGGCCUAUUUAUUUUUGGUCCAACCAGGAUCUUGUCAAUGGAGCAACAUCAGAUUUGAUAAAAUCUCUGAAAAUUUACAAUACGUUCAGAAUGCUGGCUCAGAAAUAAAAAUUCCAUCAAACUCUUUAUCUUGGAUGAGGUUAGCAACAAAAUGUCCAAAUUAUUAUACUUACUUGGGAUCCUACAAUACAGGUGCUUAUUCGGAAUGCGCAAUAUGGAUCGUAUUUCCAGUUAUUAUUCCUAUACUAUCAUGCCAAGUAACUUAA